UGUUGUUAUCAUCUCUCAUACAAAAUGCAACCACACACUCUCUUCUGUCUGUUGGAUUUUUGAGCUCAAUAUUUUGGAUAUUUGUUUCCCUUAGUUUCCUCGAAAACAUUUCAAAUUCAUUCAGAUGUCAAGAUUAAUCUCAUGUGCUACAAAUGAUGAAGAAGCCCCAAGAGAAACAAGGAUCAUAUAUAUUCACACUACAAAUGAUGGGAUAGAAACUCUUCAAGGUUGUUUCUCAUGAAUAUUGUAUCGGCGGACAGAAGAAGACAGGGAGUGAGCAUCACCACAAAACGUCAACAAUUAUAUAUAAAAGCAACUCUAUGCGGAAAAUUAAUACCUCCAUUAUAAUUCAUUGAAUGGUAUUGAAAAAGGAAGAAAUAUUGUGACCACAACACCAAAAGUCAAGUCAAUGCUAAAGAACAAAAUAUCCAAUUCCGUAUAAAUUUUACUACCACUCAAUCGCUCAUCAUAAAUCAAAAUUUUCAAAAAAGCUAAAAUUACAAUCUCUUUCACACAAUUAAUGAAUAAUGUGAAACAUGUGGGAACAUUCUACACACUCAAGAAUAAUUUAUUCAAAUUGGAAAUGGAAAGUUUAAUUAUUUUAAAAAAUCAUCAAAGUACUAUACUUUAUAUUGUUAAAUAAGCUGCUAAAUUGGAUUUAAAAAGUUUAAACUUUCCGAAAUCACAAAACAUCAUAAAUAAACGGUUAACUGGUAAAUCUCUACACAUUAUUCUGAUGUUUAGGGUUAGCUCACUUGUUCCUAUUUUACCGUUUUGAAAAACCCUCACUUUUUUUACAAACAGAGAUACACACAAUUUUCACUUUUACUAAAACAAGACAGAAAAGAGAGAGAUAGUAAUUGUCAAAGUUAUAGGAUAAUGCCAGAAGUGUACAAGCUGUCCUAGAAUCUAGCUUCCCAAUCACUAAAAAAAAUUAAGCUCAUAAAUUCAAGGCUUCAAACCCCUCUUUUUUCUUCACCCACCAUUACUAUUAGUCUGUGCUACCAUUCAUAUAUUCUCCACCCAAAAAUUAAAGAAGAAGAUCAAGGUCUCAUGUCAUUUGACUUCUCUACAUCAUCUUCCAACCACGAAAAGGGAGAUGGCUCUAAAACGGAGAAGAGAUACAUUGGAGUAAGAAAGAGGCCAUGGGGGAAAUACGCAGCCGAAAUUAGGGAUUCGACAAGGCAUGGCGCGAGAGUUUGGCUGGGAACAUUCAAUACUGCAGAAGAGGCUGCUCUAGCCUAUGAUCAAGCUGCAUUUGCGACGAGAGGCGCCUCGGUCCCACUCAACUUUCCCGUGGAGAGAGUGACGGAAUCUCUCGAGAAGAUCAAGUAUCGCUGCGAGGAGGGCUCGUCUCCUGCAAAAGCGCUGAAGGAGUCUCACAAGCUGAUGAACGCAAUGACGAAGCAAACUAGUUCGAGUAAGAAGCGUGUUGGAGAAGAUGAUGUUGUGAUUCUUCAUGACUUGGGAUCUGAUUUGUUGGAUCAGCUCUUGUCUGAGUAUUCAACUACUGAUUGAACAUAAACACUAUUGAAUUCUUGUAAGUAAAUCUUGAUCCUUUUA